CGUCCGUCUCAGUUGGAACACGCUGCCCAGCUCGCGCAUGGUACCGACUCCCGCAGUUCACCGCUCAAUAGGCGCAACGUCGACAUGCUGCAUGCUGACCUGUAUUGAAGGAAGCCUCGCGCCUGGUCGUCCCCAUCGGCGCCCUCUACACGCCACUGAAGGAGAAGACGGACACUCCGCUGCUCCAAUAUGACCCCGUUGCCUGCAAAGCGCCUUGCAAGGCCAUCCUCAACCCCUUCUGCCAGGUCGAUAUGCGCGCAAGGAUGUGGAUAUGUCCCUUCUGUCUGCAGCGCAACGGCCUGCCGCCGCACUACAAGGACAUCUCCGCCGAGCAGAUUCCCCCCGAGCUGCACCCCGGCAGCACCACGAUCGAGUACCGCCUGCCUCGCCCGGCGCCGGCGCCACCGAUCUUCAUGUUUGUUGUCGAUACCUGCCAGGAGGAGGACAGCUUGAAGGCGCUGAAGGACUCGAUCAUCAUGAGCUUGAGCCUGCUGCCCCAGUACGCCCUGGUUGGUCUGAUCACAUACGGCACCAUGGCUCAAGUACACGAGCUUGGCUACACCGAAUGCGCCAAGUCGUACGUCUUCCGCGGCAGCAAGGACUACUCCACAAAGCAGGUCCACGAGAUGCUGGGCCUCGGACAGGCCGCUGCCCGACCAAACAUGCCCCAGCAGCCUGGCCGACCGCAAAUGCCUAUGGGCAACGUCGACACACGUUUCCUGCUGCCCGUCUCGCAGUGCGAGUUCCAGUUGACCGCCGCUCUCGAGCAGCUGCAGAGGGACCCCUGGCCAGUUGCGAACGACAAGCGCCCCUUGAGGUGCACCGGUGUUGCGCUCAGUAUCGCUGCUGGUCUGCUUGAGUUCCGCCACCGCGAGGCUGGUGCGCGCAUCAUGCUGUUCGCUGGUGGCCCGGCUACUGAGGGCCCUGGUAUGGUCGUUGGCCCUGAGCUGAAGGAGGCCAUUCGAUCGCAUCAUGACAUCGACCGCGACAACAUCAAAUACUACAAGAAGGCGCUGAAGUUCUACGAAAAUCUGGCCAAGCGCGUUGCGCAGAACGGUCACAUCGUCGACAUCUUCGCUGGUUGUCUCGACCAGGUUGGUCUGCUCGAAAUGCGCGGCCUCGCGAACUCCACCGGUGGACACAUGAUCCUGACGGAUAGCUUUACAUCGUCCAUGUACAAGCAGUCGUUCGUGCGCAUCUUCAACAAGGACGACCAAGACAACCUGCUCAUGGCCUUCAACGCCAACCUCGAGGUCCUCACAACGAAGGAGUUGAAGGUUACGGGUCUGAUUGGUCACGCCAUCUCGAACAACAAGAAGUCCGUCUCCGUCGGCGAGACAGAGUGCGGUAUCGGCAAUACAUGCUCUUGGAAGAUGUGCGGUAUUGAUCCCGAGUCGUCGUACGGUAUCUACUUCGAGAUCGCCGGCCAGGGCGGUCCCAACCAGAUGCAGGCUGGGCCCCAGAAGGGCAUGAUGCAGUUCCUCACAUACUACCAGCACUCGUCUGGUCAGUUCCACCUGAGGGUCACCACAGUUGCGCGCAACUUGAGUGGGCCCUCCGGUGACCCUGCGAUUGCACAGUCCUUCGAUCAGGAGGCAGCAGCAGUUCUGAUGUCGAGGAUAGCGGUCUUCAAGGCCGAGGUUGAUGACGGCCCAGAUGUCCUCAGAUGGGUCGACCGCAUGCUUAUUAGGUUAUGCUCGCGCUUCGCCGAGUACAGGAAGGACGAUCCAUCCUCGUUUAGGCUUGAGAAGAACUUCACAUUAUACCCACAGUUCAUGUUCCACCUCCGCCGUUCGCAAUUCCUGCAGGUCUUCAACAACUCGCCCGACGAGACUGCUUUCUACCGCCACGUGCUGAACCACGAGGAUGUUAGCAACUCCCUCAUCAUGAUCCAGCCCACGCUCGACAGCUACGGUUUCGACCACGAAGGCGGCCAGCCCGUCCUUCUCGACUCGUCCUCGAUCCAGAACGAGACCGUCUUGCUCCUCGACACCUUCUUCCACAUCCUCAUCUUCCACGGCGAGACAAUGGCAGAGUGGCGCAAGGCAGGAUACCAUGAACAGGAGGGCUACGAGAACUUCGCCACCCUCCUCGAGAGCCCCAAGGAGGACGCCAAGGACCUCAUCCAGGACCGCUUCCCGCUGCCGCGUUUCAUUGUGUGUGAUGCAGGUGGCUCGCAGGCGCGUUUCUUGCUCUCCAAGCUCAACCCGAGCACGACGCAUACAACACAGAACUACGGCGGUGUCAGCCAGACGGCGCAGACUAUCUUCACGGAUGAUGUUAGCUUGCAGACGUUCAUGGAUCAUCUGAUGAAGUUGGCUGUGAGCGGUACCGGUUAAGGAUUGUAAUGAUCAGGUUUGCAAUGUAUGUUCAAUGUACGUGGAGGAGACCUG